AAGCAUGACCUGGAGGUCGCGGUCAAGUGCAUUAACAAGAAGAACCUGGCCAAGUCGCAGACGCUGCUGGGGAAGGAGAUAAAGAUCCUCAAGGAGCUGAAGCACGAGAACAUUGUGGCGCUGUACGACUUCCAGGAAAUGGCCAAUUCCGUCUACCUGGUCAUGGAGUACUGCAACGGUGGCGAUCUGGCUGACUACCUGCACACCAUGCGGACCCUGAGCGAGGACACCAUCAGGCUCUUCCUGCAGCAGAUUGCCGGUGCCAUGCGGCUGCUGCACAGCAAGGGCAUCAUUCACCGCGACCUGAAGCCACAGAACAUCCUGCUGUCCAACCCUGGGGGGCGCCGUGCAAACCCCAACAACAUCCGUGUCAAGAUUGCUGACUUCGGCUUUGCCCGCUACCUGCAGAGCAACACGAUGGCGGCCACGCUGUGCGGCUCCCCCAUGUACAUGGCUCCUGAGGUCAUCAUGUCGCAGCACUACGACGGGAAGGCGGACCUGUGGAGCAUCGGCACCAUCAUCUACCAGUGCCUGACGGGAAAGGCGCCGUUUCAGGCCAGCAGUCCUCAGGACCUGAGACUGUUCUAUGAGAAAAACAAGACGCUGGUCCCUGCAAUCCCCCGCGAGACCUCGGCACCCCUGCGGCAGCUGCUCCUGGCGCUCCUGCAGCGCAGCCAUAAGGACCGCAUGGACUUCGACGAGUUUUUCCAUCACCCUUUCCUGGACGCUAGCUCCUCCAUCAAGAAGUCUCCACCUGUGCCUGUGCCCUCCUACCCAAGCUCGGGGUCGGGCAGCAGCUCCAGUAGCAGCUCCACUUCGCACCUGGCCUCCCCUCCGUCUCUGGGGGAGAUGGCGCCACUGCAGAAGACACUGACCUCCCCAGCUGAUGCCGCUGGCUUCUUGCAUGGCUCCCGGGACUCAGGCGGCAGCAGCAAGGACUCCUGUGAUACUGACGACUUCGUCAUGGUCCCCGCUCAGUUCCCAGGUGACCUGGUGGCCGAGGGGGCCAGUGCCAAGCCUCCACCGGACAGCCUGCUCUGCAGUGGCAGCUCGCUGGUGGCCUCUGCGGGGCUGGAGAGCCAUGGCCGGACACCGUCCCCCUCCCCCUCCUGCAGUAGCUCCCCCAGCCCCUCAGGCCGGGCUGGCGCCUUCUCCAGCAGCAGGUACGGCGCAUCGGUCCCCAUCCCCGUCCCCACUCAGGUGCACAACUACCAGCGCAUUGAGCAGAACCUGCAGUUGCCCAGCCAGCACCACACCCCCCGGUCCUCUGCCAGCCGCAGGUCAGGCGGCACCAGUCCCCUGGGCUUCGUCCGGGCCAGCCCGUCACCCCCGUCCCAUGCUGAUGGCGCUGUCCUGGCCAGGAAGUUGUCUCUGGGUGGGGGCCGGCCCUACACACCAUCCCCACAGGUUGGAACCAUCCCCGAACGGCCUGGCUGGAGCAGGGCACCCUCCCCGCAGGGAGCUGAUAUGCGUGCUAGCAGGUCACCACGGCCAGGCUCCUCCGUGCCCGAGCACUCCCCCCGCACUCCCGGGCUGGGCUGCCGCCUGCACAGCGCCCCCAACCUGUCAGACCUGCAUGUCGUCCGCCCCAAGCUGCCCAAGCCCCCCACGGACCCACUGGGCGCUACCUUCAGCCCCCCGCAGCCCAGCCCCUGCCCGUCUGCUCCUGUGCUGCAGUCCUGCCGGCCCCUGCGUGGCUCACCCAAGCUUCCCGACUUUCUGCAGCGGAACCCCCUGCCCCCCAUCCUGGGCUCCCCCACCAAGGCCGUGCCCUCCUUCGACUUUCCCAAGGUCCCCAGCUCCCAGAACCUCUUGGCUCUGCUGGCCCGGCAGGGUGUGGUGAUGACACCCCCCCGAAACCGGACGCUGCCUGACCUCUCAGAGGUGGGGCCCUUCCAGGGACAGCAGCUGGGCUCUGGCCUGCGGACAGCUGAGGAUGCCAGGGGCCCCUUUGGCCGGUCCUUCAGCACCAGCCGCCUCACUGACCUGCUCCUCAAGGCUGCAUUUGGGACACAGGCCUCGGACUCAGGCAGCACAGACAGCCUGCAGGAGAAGCCCAUGGAGAUCGCGCCCUCUGCUGGCUUCGGAGGGAACCUGCACCCUGGAGCCCGUGCUGGGGGUGCCAGCAGCCCGGCCCCGGUGGUAUUCACAGUGGGCUCACCCCCCAGCGGGACUACACCGCCCCCGGGACCCCGCGCCCGGAUGUUCUCAGUGGGCUCCACCGGCUCCUCCUCUGCCCGCCACCUGAUGCCCGGGGCCUGUGGUGAGGCUGCCCCAGAACUCACUGCCCCGGGCCACUGCUGCAGCACCGGGGAUCCCCUGUCUGCCCACCUGGAGGGGGCUGUGACCUUUGAGGCCCCCGACCUCCCUGAGGAGACCCUCAUGGAGCAAGAGCACACGGAGAUCCUGCACAGCCUGCGCUUCACGCUGGUGUUUGUGCAGCACGUGCUGGAGAUCGCGGCCCUGAAGGGCAGUGCCAGCGAGGCGACCAUGGGCCCUGAGUGCCAGCUGCAGGAGAGCUUGGUGGCCGACCAGAUCAGCCUGCUGAGCCGCGAGUGGGGCUUCGCAGAGCAGCUGGUGCUGUACCUGAAGGUGGCUGAGCUGCUGUCCUCGGGCCUGCAGACGGCCAUUGACCAGAUCCGGGCCGGCAAGCUGUGCCUGUCGUCCACUGUGAAGCAGGUGGUGCGCAAGCUGAACGAGCUGUACAAGGCCAGUGUGACGUCCUGCCAGGGCCUGAGCCUGCGGCUGCAACGCUUCUUCCUGGACAAACAGCGGCUGCUGGACGGCAUCCAUAGCGUCACCGCUGAGCGGCUCAUCCUCAGCCAUGCUGUGCAGAUGGUGCAGUCGGCUGCCCUGGACGAGAUGUUCCAGCACCACGAGGGCUGCGUGCCGCGCUAUCACAAGGCCCUGUUGCUGCUGGAGGGGCUGCAGCACAUGCUUACGGACCAGACCGACAUUGAGAACAUCGCCAAGUGCAAGCUCUGCAUUGAGCGGAGACUCUCAGCCCUGCUCUCCGGUGUCUGUGCCUGACGCAUUGCUGGCCAGCCCUGUGGUGGGCUGCGCGUGCUGCUGGAUGUCGGCCGGCCUGCCAGCCUUGGCCCUGAUCCAUGGUGCUGAGCUGCUGCCCGGGCCCUGGUGAGAUGCAGCAGGUGGCGCCCACAUCUGGCCUGCUGGUUUCUUCCUGCCGCGGGCUGCAGUGUGUCCUCUCAGGCCACCUCCCACCUGCGCUGGUGCUGGGAGGUAGUGGGCAGGCGUGCAUGGGCACUGCCACCCUUGUGCCCAGGGCAAUGCUGAGGACAGGCGGGCCCUGAGAUGGUGUUGCUGACUCUAAGCCAAAGUGAACUCUUCCGGGUCACUGCUUGUGGCUCCCAGCCCUCUAGGAACCUGUCCCCUAAACCCCCACCCAGCUUUGUAAAUCACCAAGCACUUUAUGCAGACAGACGGAGAACCCAGCCUCAGAGCCGUCCCCAUGCAGGCGGCAGAGAACUGUCUCCUCUCGGUCAGUUGUACAUGUGCACAUAUGUGUAUACCCAUACAUAGCCCUGUGUGUACCUGUGCACAUAUAUGUAUACCUAUGCAUAGCCCCAUGUGUACAUGUGCACAUAUGUGUAUACCUAUACAUAGCCCUGCGUGUACAUGUGCACACAUGUGUAUACCUAUACAUAGCCCAGUGUGUGUGCCUCUGGGGGCAUCAGCCUGGCUCCGUGCCCACAGGAGCAGCAGCCCUUGUAUUUACUGUUUUCCUAGGGACAGUGGAACACCAAGCUUUCUAGACCCAGAACAGAUGUAACUUUUCACUCUUCUAAAAAUGUGUCUUAUUUUUCUGCAGCUCAUUUUUUCUUUAAAGAAGCCACCCUUCAGGUGUUUCACAUUGUUGGGAAGGUGGGGUGGUGGGGCCGGGCCUGGACUCUGCUGGGUGCUGGACGGUGGCAGCGGGAGGUGCCAGCCCGUGGCUGUGUGUGCGUGACAGGCCUGCACCUGUUUGUGUGUGUGUGUGUACGAGUCCAGGUGGCUGGCUGUCCCCACGCCCUGCAGGAUGGGCAGUGCUCAGUUGCCUUCCCCAGCUGGACUCAGUGGGCAGGGCAGGAUGAGCUUUGCCAUUUUUUGUGCCCAGUGCCCACCAGGGCCACUCAGAUCUCAUCUGGGGUGGGCAUGCACUGGGCAUCUUGGCCCCAGGCCCAGCACAACUCAGCCCUGCCCAAACCUACUUGAAUGUAUCCCCGAACUCCUGCAGGACGUGUGGGUCUGUGGUGCCCACAGGAGGGUUCAAGGGUCAUGUGCCACACACAGAACACACGUUUAUCCUUGCGAUACUUGAAAUAGUCCACUGUGCUGGGGCACAGGAAAGCGAGUGCCCACAACGGCCUCCUGUCUUGCUGCCCCACGACUCACCUUGCUGCAUGUGACAUGAGUAUUUAUUGCUUUGUGGCCGCUGGAACCUGGGCCAUGGGAGGCUGUGCAGGAAGUGCCUGUCCCGCCCGUCCCCAUGGCUUCCCGGGGCCGCUGGACGUGCGGCAGCUGUGUGCUGCACGCAGCUCCUGUUGUCCCCAAGGUCGAGCUCAGCUGUCUGUGAAAUGCGUUGUGUGAGUCCCCACCCCAUCAUCACGUUGUGUGACUCGGGAAUAAACCUUUGGAAUUGUU